AGGCAACAUGGCGGCGCAGGCUGUGGAACCCGGCCGUUGGCAAGUGGGCUUCGUGGGCGCUGGCCGCAUGGCGGAGGCCAUCGCGCAGGGCCUCAUCCGAGCAGGAAAAGUGGAAGCCCGGCACGUGCUGGUCAGUGCACCAACGGACAGGAACCUCUGUCACUUCCGGGCUCUGGGCUGCCGGACCACCCAUUCCAACCGGGAGGUGCUGGAGAGCUGCUUGCUCGUCUUCUUUGCCACCAAGCCCCACAUCUUGCCAGCCGUCCUGGCAGAGGUGGCCCCUGUGGUCACCUCUAAGCACAUCCUGGUGUCCGUGGCGGCCGGCGUCCCUCUGAGCACCCUGGAGGAGCUGCUUCCCCCGGCCUCACGGGUGCUGCGGGUCUCACCCAACCUGCCCUGCGUGGUCCAAGAGGGGGCCAUGGUGCUGAGCCGCGGGCGCCAUGCCGGGAGCAGCGAGGUGGAGCUCGUGCAGACUCUGCUGGAGGCGUGUGGGCAGUGCGAGGAAGUGCCUGAGGCCCAGGUGGACGUCCACACUGGCCUCAGUGGCAGUGGCGUGGCCUUCGUGAGCCUGUUCUCCGAGGCCCUCGCCGACGGCGCUGUCAAGAUGGGCAUGCCCAGCUGCCUAGCUCACCGCAUCGCCGCCCAGACCCUGCUGGGCACGGCCAAGAUGCUACUGCAGAAGGGGCAGCACCCGGCCCAGCUGCGGGCAGACGUGUGCACGCCCGGCGGCACCACCAUCUACGGCCUCCAUGCCCUGGAGCAGGGCGGGCUGCGCGCGGCUGCAAUGAGCGCCGUGGAGGCCGCCGCCUGCCGGGCCAAGGAGCUCAGCAGGAAAUGAGGCGCUUCCCUGGCGGCACCCCGCUUCCCGUACGGGGAGCGUGAGGGGUAGAGCUGGAGGGGUCCCUCAGCAGCGGGAACUGCCUGCCCUGCAGCCCAGGCACGAGGCCUCGCCCUGAUGGCCCACCGCAAGGGGACGCAUGGGUCCCACGAGCAGCUGCGUGGCUGCAGCUGGCUUGGCUCUGGGGACUGUACACGAGAGGACCGCUCCUCUCAGUAAAGCCCGCGGGGCCAGGCCACCACGUCUGUCCUGUCCCUGGGCUGGCCUGCUGCUGGGCUGGGGGCUGCUCCACGGUCAGGAGGAUGGGUCUUGGCCAGCAGGGGCCACACGCGGGGCUCGGCUGGGUGUGCGCCCCUCCCCCAGACCCGAAGCCCCUGGCAAGCGGCAGGCGGAGCUGGGCCUGAUGACCCUUCUCAGUCAAGAGUCCCGGAGGGUCCUGAGGCCUGGCCUCUGAGUGCAGGACUUUCCAGUGUGUCCCUGAAGAGACCAACAGGCCGGGAACGGAGCCCAAAACAAGGCUGGGGGGCCUCUGCAUGGGUGGGGCGCCUGUGGCUUUGUCCCUGGCACUGCCCACAAGGCCCCCUGGGGCCUCCUCGCUGCAUGGUUGCCGCUGCCACUGACCCGCGGGGGCCGGAGGAGAGCGCCCUGUCUGCGCAUCUGUGGCCUAGCCGGCCCCGCCCCUCCUCGGGCUUCUGGCCGCCACCCUCUCCCCACCUUCCUUUGGUCUGACCUCGGGUCGGCCUGAGUCUGUGUCCACACCAGGUUUCUUCCGUGAGGUGGGAAUAAAGCCAGUAUCCUGUAGCAUGGCGUGGCCGGCAUGUAACGGGAGGCCAGCAGAACUGAACCCCGGGGGCCUGGCAGCGUGAGCCAGCGACCCACCUCACCACCCCAGAGCCCGCGGCCGCUGGGCAGUGGGUCCCAGCAAGGCACCGCCUCACAGUCCGUGGGGAGCCGGUGGGCUCGGCCCAGCAGCACCUCGGUGAGCCCACAGCCCCGCUUGGGGCGCGCUGAGUCGGGGGGAUGGGGCCACAGCCCAGCUGUUGGCUGGCAGGUCUCCUCGCCUCGCACCCCAAGGCCAACAUGGCUUUCGGGAGACGCUGGUGCAUGCAAUAGCGGUUUCUCCAUCUUCAGUGCAUGAGAUGCCCUAGGUCCAGGCCCUGGGCCAGCGCUGCACAAAUGAGACUUCGGAAGGGGACGCAUGGGAAGUGAGCGUGUCCGGCCUUUAUUGUAGGGCACAGUGGGCCCGCUGACCGGGCGAGUCCGCCGUCAGCGGGGCUGGGCGUGACGGCCCCUCCGGAGCCUGCAGCCCCCCAGCCCACGUCCUCUCACGGGUACGCCCCUGGUGCCGAGCCUCACUUGUGGCCACCCUCACCGUGGGCCAGACUGUGUCCAGGGCCCUGCUCCUGCCCGCCUCUCCACAGCAGUCCCUGCCUGCACUUGGGGCCCCUGGACGGCAGGCCUCUCGGCUUGAGGGUCCACCCCUUCGCUCAGACUGCACCUGCGGCUGGGGGCCAUGGUCCAAGCACACAGCCCCUUCAGGCAGGGUGGGUCCCUGUUGAAGUCUAGUCUUGCACCCCCCCACGUCAAACCUGCAGACCAGGGGUGCUUUCAGCUGAAGCCUGGGCGCACACUUCCCUGCCCACGGGCCACUGUGUGGAAGGCCCGUGACUUCCUCCACCUGGACUGCUCCUCGGGGGGCUCUGAGCAGGGCAGGGAGGGGCUGGCGGCUCGUCCCCAAGCAUCUCCUGCCACAGGGGUCCCCGCACCCUGGCUGGGACUGGGUGACCUUCCAGGGCCAGCGUCUGGCUUGCAGACAGCGGAUGAAGGAAUUCUAGCAGCACCACCCAGACCCCUCCCCAGGGGCGCUCACCCCUAGUUCGCAGGUCGGCACAAUCCAGGGUGGCAGAGCUCUGACGUCCACGGACCAGCAGAUAGCAGCAGUGGGGGGCGGCCGCGGGUGAGGCCACCCGCCGGGCCCGCGUCCGCCGUCUGCUGCGGAGACAAGCCCAGGGACUCCCACCAGACGCCGCCUUUGGCCAGGCUGCCCCUGACUCCACACUGAGCUGAGCCCAGGGAGGGCAGGUGGCUGUGAGGUGGCAGCACUGAGGUCACGGUGACCCGUUGGUGGGACUGCCCACGGGGCCUGGCGCCUGCAGCCUCUGCCCCAAAGUGCACACACCACCAGUGCCUCCAUCCCAGAGAGGAAGCCUUCAUAGGCCCUCGUGAGGUGAGGGGCCCCUGGCCCACACUUCACUGGCAUUCAAGCCGGCCCCGGCUGGCAGGACUCAGUGGGUCAAGCACCGGCCUGCGAACCUCACCGUCGCCGGUUUGAUUCCCAGGCAUUGGGCACAUGCCUGGGUUGCAGGCCAGGUCCCCAGUAGGGGGCGUGCAAGAGGCAACCACAUUGAUGUUUCUCUCCCUCUUCCUCUCUUCUCUUUAAGAAUAAAUAAAAUCUAAAAAAGAAAAAAGCAGCUUCUUAAGGCCCCAGGCCAGCGUGGACCAGCCUCAUUUUAUACAGGCCACUGGGACAGGCUGGAGCUGCCUCCUGGGGUGCAGCCUGAGCCCCCAGACAGGAGGGGCUGGUGCACCA